AUGGACGUGGGCGAUUUGUCGAGCUCGGCAGGAUUGGCUGGGAGCGGAUCCAUCCCUGGAGCAACGGGUGUUGGUAUCAUUACAAGUACGACAUCCGCCACCGCAGGGUGGUGGACGCCUACGUCGACGAUCGCCACGGCAGCGGCCAACACCGACGUGAUGAAUCAGCUCUGCAGGGUCUGCGGAGAGCCGGCCGCGGGUUUUCACUUCGGGGCCUUCACGUGCGAAGGUUGCAAGUCGUUCUUCGGCCGCACUUACAACAAUCUAGGCAGCAUCUCCGAAUGCAAGAACGGCGGCGUGUGCGUGAUCAACAAGAAGAAUCGAACGGCUUGCAAGGCGUGUCGGCUGCGCAAGUGUCUGAUGGUGGGUAUGUCGAAGUCUGGUUCCCGCUACGGACGCCGCUCCAACUGGUUCAAAAUCCACUGCCUCCUUCAGGAACAAUCGCACCAAGCUCAGACACGUCUGAUCAAGGAUCCGAAGUCCGCGUACGAGAAGGCGUUCGGCUCGCUGGACGUGGCGAACAAUAACAACAACAACGAGAACACCGGUACCACAAGUGCGUCGAACGUAGUCGGUAUGGUUACCACAACGACAACCACAGCGAACAGUUACCAUCACCAUCAUCAUCAACACCAUCAACAGGACAGGUUCCCGAAAAGGGACGACUUGAGGCCGCAAGAUAUCCCCGCGCAAUUAAGAGCGCCUGAUAUACCAACGAGGGCUAGUCAAGAUCCUCUUCUGAGGCCUGUGGACCUUGUUAGAGCACCCCAUGAAUUAUUGAGGCCGGAAGUGUCUAGGUUCCCUAUGUGGAGGGGUCCGCCGUUCUUCCAUCCUGCUCUGACGCACAUGCAACUCCUGAAUACGCCAUUUUUCCCGUUCCAACAACGAUUCAUCGUUCCAUACGUGAACCAAGUUGGCACACCUCAAAUGGUGGCUAGCUUAACGAGUUCGUCGAGCGACAGCGUGAGCCCUAGAUCAACGCCGUCGCCGAAACGAGACGAGGACAACAGAAGUACCAGGGGGGACGAGUGUAGGGAUACAGACAGCGGGUGUCAGAGAAGUCAAAUGGAUGCGUACGACAAAAGUCUGGCGUUUCUGCGUUCGUUGGGCCCGGAACAAGAGGAACCGAUCGAUUUGAGCAUGAAGGCUGGUCGAACGGACGGUCAGGAGGCGGACGCGGCUGGUAGCACGGAAGAGGAAAGGUCGACGGACAGCGAGGACAACGAGCUGUUGCAGGACACGGGGCCGCCCCUCGAUCUCACUAGAAAGACGUGA